AUGGAGAUAGCUAAGCAGCUAACGUAUGGACUGAACUUAAGACGGUGCCUGAAGAAUGAGGACUUGAUGAGCUUGAAGAAGGAGAACCUGAAGCCGCUGAAAAAUAUUUUUAACAUACAGAAGGGCAAGGAUGGGAGGAAGGAAGAGGAAGAGGAAAAGGAAUUAAAUGGAAGAGAAAGGAAGGAGAAGGAUGAAAGGAAAGUCGAAUUGAUGAGCUUUUCACAAUUUUCUUCUGACCCUAAUUUGGUUGCAAGCUACAUGAAGGGUAAUAAAAUAAACGUGGAAUUUUUGAACAUGAGUGGGAGUGUGGUGCCCAUUCGUUUCUUCAAGGACAUUUCAGAGGAGGCAGGUGGUGAGGAUGCCAGCAGUGUAAGUGGGGUACCUGCCGCAUCAGGGGAGACGACAAACCAUGUGGACAGGAGGAGCGUCUGCUCGAGGAAUGACUACCAAAAGUUGUUAAGCACAAUUAAGGAGACCUUUUCUUUUAAGAGCCCAACGAACAUUCAGAAGAUUUGUAUACCCACGAUUUUGAGGGGGUGGAACACCAUUUGCAUUUCUCACACUGGCAGUGGGAAGACUUGCGCCUUUUUGAUUCCCCUCCUGAUGCGGCUACUCGGUUCAAGGGGGGGGGACGACCCCACGGUGGCUGCUUCCGCCGCUGCUACCCAUACGCAGACGGGUCCACAUUCCCCUCCGGGGAGCGACAACCGUGAAAUGGAUGUGGAAGAGAAAACAGGUUCCACCCCUAUUCGAAGCCUAAUCGUUGUGCCUACAAACGAACUGGCAAGCCAAAUACACGAGCAGGCAUUGAUCCUGUUUGAAUCAUUUCCACAGUUCUCUGUUCUACAUCUAACGAAGGAAGACCAAGUGAGAGAGGAAGAACCCCCCCUAGAUGUGUGCAUCUGCACCCCGUUAAUUCUGAUUCACCUGAUUGAAAUGAAAAAAGUGACUCUGUCGAGAUGUAUGCUGGUGGUGUUUGAUGAGGUGGACAAAUUAUUUGAAGUAAAUUUUUUGCAGCAUGUAAAAAAACUUCUACUAGUAAUUCAGAAACGAAAAAUACAAAAGGUGUUUACCACGGCCACGCUACCAGGUAGCACUCGCUCCUUCAUCAGUACCCUUUGCCCCACCUACGCAGUGGUGUACUUUGGCCAGAGUAUUAACUCAGUUAAUAAGAAUGUGAAGCAGCAGUUGCUCUACGUAAACAAUGAGGAGGAAAAGGGGUUGGUGUUGAGAAAUUUGGUUGUGGGGGGCGGGUUGCACAUUCCUGUGCUGGUGUUCGUGAACGGCGUGGACAAGGCCAAGAAGGUACACGCUACUCUUCGUCGCGCGGUUAGCAAUGUUAGCAACGGUGGAAAGGCGCCGCAUGUGGCCCUUCUCACGUCCGACAAAACCAAAGAGGAAAGGAUGCAAGUGUUUAAAAACCUGCGAGAAGGACACGUAUGGUACCUCGUAUGCACAGAUGUCCUGAGCAGAGGAAUUGACGUCCAUGGGAUAGAAACGGUAAUUAAUUACGACAUGUGCUGUGACAAGUACAGUUACAUUCAUCGCGUAGGAAGGGCGUGUCGAUCAGAUGCAGAGGGGGGCAAGGCCAUUACCUUUUUCAUGCAACAGGACGUGAGGCAUAUGAAGGACAUUGUGAAGUUCGUCAAGAGCAGUGGCACGGAGGUGCCCGCCUACCUGGAGAACUACCCCUUUAAGGCUGCGCGCGGGAAGGGCUUCCACGUGAGGGGGAAGCAAGGCGGUGUGAAGGGGAAGCACACCGGCGUGAAGGCAAAAAAAUCUCCUUUUAAGGCGCGCAAAUCGAGUACGAAGAAGGCGUAA